AUGUAUGCCGGAUGGAACUUGGAGUGGGAGUUCCACGUUAACAGGCCAUGCGGGAGUGUUGCUCAGGUCAUCAGUCAGGGCAAGGUCACUUCACAUGUCAACCCAGUUGAAUGGAAUACUAUCGCUAUAGGAAGACCACUGGAAGUAAAAAAAUUCCUCGAUGAAGCAGGUGUUGUUCUUUGCCAUGACUUGCGAGCACAGGCACUUCACUUCACAAUGAUAUGGUCCCGGAAAGACCCAGCGUCAGAGUUGGAUGCUCUGAAAAGAGAAAUGGCCCAAAUGCGUGCCAAAAUGUUUGAAAUUUUGAAAUCAGCCUCAAUCGAUACCAGUGUUACUCGCCUGGUCUUCCAUUCAAAAAUUAGCGGAACUGCAAAGCAUUUGUAUGUCUGUAGUAGCAUACUUGAACAUAUUGAAUACUUUCAAAAACGCUACUCGCCAGAAUAUUCUGAGACUCAACAUCUAGAUAAAUCGGAAAACCAUGAUGACGGGAUAUACUGUGACGACUCCAAUGAGGAGUGGGAUAGUGAUUCAGACGAUUUUGAACCUAAAAAGGCAUCUCGAGACAAACAUAUCGGGCCUUUAUUCAGUAUGCAAUGUGCGGCUCUAUAUUUUGCACCUCUACAAUCUCAAUACCAAGAAUAUUGCAAAAAAAACUCCCUCCUAAGUUCAGAGAUCGGACAGCUACAUCAACAGUGGGCCGAAGCUCACUGCACUACUCAUACCAAUGUAGAAGGUUGUAAGACUCUCACAAGUCCAAAGAGUAUGUAUCGCUUGGCAGAUACGUUGAUGAUUCCCGAACUUAAGAAGAUAUGCCACAAACAAAUCAUCGACUCCCUAGACAAGAGUAAUGUGAUGUGCGAACUCCGGAGCACACUAUUUGAGCAGCACCAAGGACUUCGUUUGUCAGCCUACGAUGCAAUGUGCACAAACUGGCAUUCAUUUCCUGCCUCUGAGAUUUCUCGUCUAAUCAAAUAUCUACCUAAGGAAGAGUCCAUUAUUGUGAUUGAAUAUAUACAGAUAUAUUCAUCAAGAUUCUUGAACUUGUAUUGA